AGCAGAUUAUGCUGUGAAGCGUCUGAGGGGAGGGAGCGGAGCAGGAAAGGGAGAGAUAUGCUGGCUGCUACAGUAACGUCCACUGGCAGGGCAGGCUGCCCCAUCUGUCUGUGCCCCCUUACAACACACACAGACUCUCUCUCUCUCUCUCUCUCUGUCUCUCUCGUUGUCUCUCUCUCCCUGAGCUCUGAGCCGCUGUGCUGAACCUACGCCCCUUCAAACCCUAGACCCUUGGCACGGACUAACCAGGGGCCCUCUUGGCACGUCUGCUCUUUUCCAAAGCCACAUUUGGAGCCUACUGAGAAGGAUUACAAAGUUAGGCUCACAGUGACUAAGUUUCUGGGCCGCUUCAAGCCAAGCUAUUCGGGGGAUUCUUUUUCAUCCAGAGUUGAGGCGUUGGUGAUUUGAGGGUUUAUCUUUCUUCAGGGUUUUCCAGAAAGGAGUGGGACACUUCUGGUCCAUCACUCCUUUUUCUUCCCGCGGAUGUGUCUGUCGGAGAGGUAGAGAAGUGAGGCGGUGGCAUAAAGGCGUGAAGCAGAAUGAUGAGUGGAGGAGUGAAGGAACUUAAGACAGUGGUCUAAAAUGUUGAUUGAAUUCCACGUAUGGAAGUGUGCAUGCUUACCGUAGUGUACACUAGGAUGUGUGAGUCGGCGUGUCUGUUAGCUUUCUUCUGACCAAGCGGUUAUGUGUCUACUAGAGGGUCAUCAGUAUCCCCUGCCUGGGCUUGACAGCAUCUCAGAGAACCUUCCAGAGCCUCGGACCUCUGGUGCAGCUGGGGUCUUCUGGGUCUAACGUGAUCAAACCCCUGUUCCUCUGCACCGCAGGGACCCCCAGGGCAAGCUCAGCACUCUCUGUCUGCUCGACGUCUUAAGAACCAGUGCAUCUCCAGACUUCUGGCAGAGCUGUGCUGCUCCGGGUUUCUUGUGACUGGACACAGCCUACCUGACUGGACUGGACCUACGUGACCCUCAACGAGGUUGCCGGGGGGAUUGCCAGCGGCCAUGGGAGUACGUUCUCGGAGUGCCGGUGGAUGGGGCAGAGGUGCUGGAGCCGGGAAGGGGCGGCGGAUGAUUUCCGUGUCCCUGUGGAUGAUCUGUUCCAGCUGGCUCUGUUGGAGUGCCAACGCACAGAUGAAGAUACCGCCUGAAACGGUUCAGCAAUGGGCAGUCUCCUAUGGAAAACAAAUUCUUGCUCUGUCAACAAAAUAUUCUGGUUCUCUUCUACUGCAGAAGAAAUACAAAGACAUUGAGUCAACGGUGAAGAUGGAGGAGGUGGACGGCGAAGAGUUGGUGAAGAGGUUUGCCGAGGAGAUGGAGGGCAUGCUGGGUAGAAAAAUGAAAUCAGUCAAGAGGUUGGCCGAGGCCGCAGAGGAUGCAGACCUUUACCACGAGUUCAACGCCACCUUACAGUUUGACUACUACAACUCCAUGACGAUCAACUCCGUGGAUGAAGAGGGUAACCCCGUGGAGCUGGGAGGGGAGUUUCCUCUGGAGGAGAACGAACACUUCAAUAAACUGGCGGUCAACACGCAGCAGAGCGACAUCCAGGUCCCCACCAACGUAUACAACAAAGAUCCUAAUAUUCUAAAUGGAGUCUACAUGUCGGAGGCCCUGAAUGAUGUGUUCCUGGAUAACUUCCAGAAGGACCCUACGCUAACCUGGCAGUACUUUGGGAGCGCCACUGGCUUUUUCAGACUAUACCCUGGCAUCGCGUGGACCCCGGACGAAAAUGGCGUCGUCACGUUUGACUGCAGGAACAGAAACUGGUACAUUCAGGCGGCGACCUCUCCCAAGGACAUCAUCAUCGUGGUGGACAUCAGUGGAAGUAUGAAGGGGCUCAGGCUCACCAUCGCCAAGCACACCAUCAACACCAUCCUGGACACGCUGGGCGAGAACGACUUUGUCAAUGUCAUCGCCUACAGCGACUACGUCCAGUACGUGGAACCCUGCUUCAAGGGCACCUUGGUCCAGGCUGACCUGGAUAAUCGAGAGCACUUCAAACUCCUGGUAGAAGAGCUGCAGGUGAAGGGAGAAGGGAAAGUGAAGAAGGCCAUGAAGGAAUCCUUUAAAAUCCUCAAUGAGGCUGCGGCGCGGGGACAAGGCAGUCUGUGUAACCAGGCCAUCAUGCUAAUCACUGACGGAGCCAUGGAGGACUACGAGGACGUGUUUCAGGAGUUCAACUGGCCUGAACGCAGGGUCCGUGUUUUCACAUACCUCAUUGGUCGGGAGGUGACCUUUGCACAGAAUGUGAAGUGGAUCGCCUGCAACAACAAAGGUUACUACACACACAUAUCCACCCUGGCUGAUGUCCAGGAGAACGUGAUGGAAUAUCUUCACGUCCUCAGUCGACCAAUGGUCAUCAACCAUGAUCAUGACAUCAUCUGGACAGAGGCUUACAUGGACAGUGUGCUGCCAAACACUGAAGAGCUGUUCAACACUCGUGCUCAGAGCCUGCUACUCAUGACCACAGUAGCUAUGCCUGUGUUCAGUAAGAAGAAAGAAACGCUGUCCCAUGGGAUCCUCCUGGGUGUGGUGGGGACAGAUGUCCCUCUGAAAGAACUGAUGCGAUUGGCUCCUCGAUAUAAGCUGGGGGUCCACGGCUACGCUUUUCUCAAUACCAACAAUGGCUACAUCCUCUCCCACCCUGACCUCCGACCUCUGUAUAAGGAGGGGAAGAAGCUGAAGCCGAAACCCAACUACAACAGUGUUGACCUGUCGGAGGUGGAGUGGGAGGACGAUGACGAGAAGUUGAGAACUGCCAUGGUGAAAGGAGAGACUGGAAGUAUGUCCUUAGAUGUCAGAGCCACUGUGGAGAAAGGGAGGAGAGUUAUGUUCCUGAAGAAUGACUACUUCUACACCACCAUCAACGAGACACCAUUCAGUCUUGGGAUCGUGCUGACCAGAGGCCAUGGAGAAUUCAUCUUCACAGGAAACGUGUCCAUUAAAGAGGGCCUCAACGACCUGAUGCAGCCCGAUGUGACUAUCGCUGAUGAGUGGACUUACUGUGAAACAGACAUUGACCCUCACCACCGUAAGCUGACCCAGCACCAGGCUGUGUUUCGAUACCUCACAGGGAAGGAGCCUGAUUUGGAGUGUGACGAGAAGCUGUUGAGACAGACUCUGUUCGACGCUGUGGUGACUGCUCCCAUGGAGGCCUACUGGACAGCCGUCAUGCUGGACUCCUCUGGUAUGGAGGAGGGGGUGGAAACUGCUUUCCUGGGAACCCGUUCGGGUCUGAUGAGGGUCACCAGAUAUGUCGGCAGUGAGAAGCGUGUCGCCAAACGAAAGGUCUUCUCCAAGAAGUUCCUAUCUCCGUCAGACAAGGAGAACAUUUUUACAUUGGACCACUUUCCUCUGUGGUAUCGUCGCGCCGCUGAGUACCCCGCUGGCAAGUUCCUGUACUACAUCCCCAAGGAGGACACCCGAGAUGUUUUCAGGGAUUAUGAGGAGGAUUACAGCUCCACCAGUCCAGAAGACCUUGACCAGCAGGAUCAGGAAGAACUGGACGAGGUAUCAGGGAAGAUGGUGAUCUCUACUACAGCUGUGACUGUCACUGUGGAAAAGAAGACUGCAGUAGCUGGAGCCAUUGGCAUUCAGAUGACCUUGGACCUGUUAGAGACGAGGUUCUGGGCUACGGCUAAGCAGCCCAAUGACACAGACUGCUCUAAUACCGAGGGGAUCUGUCCAUUGACCUGUGAAGCCAUGGACCUGGCCUGCUACAUCAUUGACAACAAUGCUUUCAUCAUCAUCUCCAAAGAAAGAAACGAUGUGGGGAGGUUCUUUGGAGAGGUUGAUGGGUCUGUGAUGGCUCAGCUCAUCAGAAUGGGUAUGUUCAAAAGGGUAUCUUUGUAUGACUACCAGGCUAUGUGUAAAAUGGGAGGACAUUCCACCAGUAGCGCUCGACCACUUCUUAGUCCCUUUUAUGGCAUGGUGGCUGCUCUGAAAUGGUUCCUCACCAACUUCUUGCUAUUUUUACUGGAGUUUAACAUCUGUGGUUUCUGGCACUCAGACCACUUGGCUGAAGCCAAGCCAGGCUUCAAAGCGUCAGCCCAGAGGAAGAAGGCAGACAUCUUGCAGCCUUGUGACACAGAGUAUCCUAGCUUUGUCUACGAGCCCUCCAUCAAGGAGACCAACAGCCUCAUCAAGUGUGGACGCUGUCAGAAGAUGUUUGUGACCCAGGCUGUCCCGGACAGUAACCUGCUGAUACUGGUGGUGCAGGCAGACUGUGACUGCUCCAGGCAGUACCCCCCCAUCACAAUGAAUCCCAAAGAAGUCAAAUAUAACGCAUCAGUGAAGUGUGACAGGAUGAAAUCACAGAAGGUCCGCAGGAGGCCAGAGUCCUGCCACGCCUACCACCCACAUGAAAAUGCCAAGGAGUGUGGAGGGGCAUCACACAUCUACCCAUCUGUCUCUCUCUUCCUUACCUGUCUCACUGCCUCCCUGGCCUGUCUCAAGGCCUCCGCACUGGUCUGUCGAUGACAGACAGACACAUACCUUACCUUCCCCCUCGAGGAAUCCAGAAUGCCUGACCUUAGCAUGCCUGCAUCAUGUUUAUCAAUACAUUUCACCGUACGACUUCAGUUUAUUACGUUGAUCGUUUGUGUUUUGGACUGAGAAGAACAUGGAAUAUUCACCCCGAGCCCCUGGGAGGCUGACUCUCUUUGAACACUCGAAGACCGCCAGAGUGUUGCCUCUUCUGGACAAGACUUCUAAAACUAUGAAAGGGCUUUAUUUAUUAUUUUCCUCUUCUGUGUCUUAUAAGGGAGCAAUCACAGUGUUUUCUAUGGAAAAGGAAAUGUGCUUUGACCGAGGAACGGAUAUCUCCGGCCCAUAUUUUUGUAGGAAUUUGCAAAUAAGACCAUGGGAAGCUACUCAUAACUCUUUGAAUUAUGUUUUUUUUUUUAAAUAAAAGACUAUAAUAACGAA